AGGAUACUUCAAACACAUCGAAUACGAACAAUUACCAAUUUAGAAGAGACAAUUGAUCGAUUUCGCUGAUUGGGUGUCUUUUAUCGAUCCGGAUUCACCGCUGACAUCUCCGGCUGAUCCAGACCGUCCACUACAACAAAACCUCCCUCUCAACAUCCUCCCAAAAACAGCAUCACAAUGGCUGGAGGCGCAGCCAAAUACCGUCAUCUCAGCCGCAAGUCCUCUCACCGACAGGCCUUACUGCGAAAUCUUGUCACAUCCCUCAUCAAACAUGAAUCCAUCACAACGACAUGGCCCAAAGCCAAAGAAGCGCAACGCCUGGCCGAAAAAUUGAUUACAUUGGGAAAACGGAAUACGGAACAUGCACGAAGACGUGCUCAGUCGAUAUUUUACACACCACACGAGCUCCUCCCCAAGCUCUUCGGGCCCCUACGAGACCGCUACGCAGAACGACAAGGUGGUUACACACGUGUGCUUCGAGUAGAGCCCAAAAAGGACGAUCAAGCACCCAGCGCAAUCCUUGAACUCGUCGACGGGCCCAAGGAUAUGCGAUUCGCAAUCACGGCCAAAGCGAUUGCUCGUCAACGCGAGCAGGGCAUUCAGACUCUUAAUGAGCUGACUGCUUUGAAUGUUAAGAAGGUGACUAGAUACCGGAAGGGGGGUGUUGAGGCGUUAGAGAAGGAGAUCGAGAGGAUGUCGUUGGAGGGAAAGAAGAAGACGGAAAAGAGAGAGAAAGGAAAUGAUGAGGAGGAAGGUAAGAGAUAGGUUAAGUGGAUUGUGUUAAAUUUUAUAUGUAUAUUAACUGGCUGCGUGUGGUGACUACCUUUUUGAAUAGCGCACUCUUGCUUGGACAACUGUAUCUAUAUCACCUGUUUGUCACGACUACUUUAGAUUUAAGCUGUGACCAUCUGGGUAAAUGUACUUUUCUGUAUUCCCGACUACUAAAGGAUAGACACAUCCAUACAAACAAGUAUAGACAUGACCUUUCUAACGACGCCAUGCAACAAAAUCAAAACUCAAAACACUCAUCAUCACCGAAAACUAGAUACCGAAGUACGCCUCUCAGCGCGGCAAUCUCAAGACAACAGACUGCCGCGCGCCUAAAUCCCUUUGAUAACCAUAAAAUAAAUUUACUACGCCAUACCGCAAGAUGCAAAGAUCGCGAAUGAGGAGAAAAGUCUAUGCAAAGCCGAAUUCUCAUAGGCUAAGAGCUUUUUUCAAUCAGGACUGGACUUGGGUAUGUUAUUGUUCCCUGAUCCGGAAAUGACAAGUGGUCCUCCUCCUGCCUGAGUAUGCGGCGAGGUAGCGUUGUUUGGAAAGGAUGUCGUUGAGGAUGCAGGAAGAUUUCGUGAUUUGUUGUCCAAUCCAGAAGGAACUUCAGACGGGGGAGGUUUGGGCGGAAGAUGAGCUGGGGUACCCCAUUUAGUAAUCGAAUCGUUGGUCAGAGGCUGUGUAGCACGAGGCAUUGAGCUCGGGCUAGUGGCAUUACCAUUAGCUCGGUUAUUUGGAUGUGGUGGUACAUAAGCCAUCGAUUGGCUACUGGAUUCCAUAUGGCCCUGGCCCGACCAUUUCUGCCUCUGCAUGUUGGAUUGGGGGUUGUUGUAUGCAACUCCACCUGCAUUAUUGACUCCUUUAGGGUUGUAUCGACCUGCUGUCGGAUUCCCAGUAGGUACAAAAGACCGGGUUUGAGGGUUGAACAUGGUCCGGUUGAAGUUACCCAUCAUUUGAUGAGCGUUCUGGUUCUGAGGUGUCGAGUAAUGCUGGUUGGGCAUUUGUUGGCCAUAAGAAUACGGGUUGGUAUUAUUACCCAUUGGAUGAGAGGGGUAACUAGGCCAAUGUGCAUUUCGCUGGACUGAUUGAGGGUAAUUGUUUUGAUACGGCUGACCUGUCCAAGGGGUUGAUGCAUUAGGAGCAUAGGUUGCUGCAGGAUUAGGGACGGCGUAAUUGUUCAUGGCUGGUAUUGGCCCCGAUUGGGCUUGUUGUCCCAUCAUUGUCGGUGGUUGGUUAAGAGCAGUGUAUCCUUGAUAAGGAGACUGUUGAGAUGCAGCAGGGCCCUGCCAUGUAUGGGUCUGACCCAUAGGCGUCGUGUUCAUUUGAUACUGAGACACAUUGUUCUGGUAGACGUUCGCAGUCGGUGUGCCUUGUGGGUAAUUCAUAUUGGGCGAGGACGCAUUUGGACUAACCAUGUAGGGGCUUUGACCGUAAGCCGUCCCGUUAUUCAUCGGCACUGAUGCUGUGUUCGCUGCGUAAGACAUCCCAGGAUAGUAUGCGUUGAACUGAGAUCGUGCUUCGAAAGAGUCGUCAUGAGGAGUCUUCUGCCUAAAAUUCUUUUUGCGGCCACUGGUCGAACUAGAACGGGAAAUGUUUGCACUAUUGUCGCCACCAGACGAAUCAACAGACUUUGAUUCUGGAAAGUCCCGGAAUAUCCUUUCUCUUGCUUCUUGAUACUUGGCUUCACGCUCCUCCCUCGUCAUAGUUGAUCGGUCCUUAGCCGGUGUAGCUCCUGCAGACGAGCCCCCGCGGUCUUCUUCGUUUCCCCCGUCUACCCCGGCUUCCGAAACGGGCUUUGAGGGA